AUGUCGCCGGAAUCACAGCUUCCGUAUCCUCUCCCGCGAAGAGCACAUCAAAAGUCACGGACGGGAUGCAAAAACCGCAAGCUGAGAAAAGUUAAAUGCGAUGAAAAGCGCCCCGUCUGCGCCAAGUGCGCCGUCCACUAUGUCAACAUUCAAAGGUGUGAGUACGGGGACCAGAGUCCUAUGAUAGACAAAUCGACGACGACGACAAUACCAGCCGCGGAUAAGAUGAGGAGUAGGGCAUUGAAGACGGUCCCCAUCCUGUCCAGGUCUCGUCCACAGCACAGAAACACCGGCUCUUUGGUCCUGGCUGGGACGGGAUCGUCGACAUUUGACCCCUUCACGCAACAUCCCCCGUCUCUGGAGCCAGACAUAAACCUUCUGAUGGGGACAUAUUUCUCCUCACACAUCUUUAACGUCUUCCCAUACUAUCCCACGCCGACUCUGAAUCCCGUGCUGGAAUUUUUCGCUCCCUUAAUCACAAAGGACACGGCCUUGUUCCACGUCACCCUCCUUGUGAGCGCCUUUUGGUUGGAACACCACCUUCCUCCGAAAGAACGAGUGAGGUGCAUACGGCUCUCCAAGAUCUGCAUGGACCUGAUACAGAAAAAGAUCAACGAACCGUUCCCGGACUGUGUCUCGGAUGAGACAUUGGCGGCCGUCGCAGGGGUGGCAGUCAUUGAGCAUGAAAAGGGCAGUCUGCGGCUAUCGCGUAUUCACGUAACAGGCCUGAAACAGAUGCUGGAAGUCCGAGGCGGUCUGGAGGCAAUCCGCAUCUCGAAUCCCACCGUGGCGAACAUGCUGUUUUGCAUGUUCGUCGCGACAGCCGAUGUCGAGUUCCCAUCCUGCGACACACAAGCGGUCGUCCAGCGCCCUCCAUGGUUCUACGAGAGCCUCCGAUCCGACCAGUCCCUCCUCGGCACUGGUGAAGAGCUCCCGGACCCGAGUCCAAUCGACUUUCAGACCCAUGGCGUCCUGAAGGAGUACUCUGAGCUCAUGCUGAAUAUCCGCAUGCUCGCCAUGACCUAUCAGACCGCCCACGACUGCAGCUCGGCCACAGAAUACCAGGAAGUAUUGACCUUUCUGUGCGCCACCUUGCAGCGGCUGCUGACCCUGCCGGUCCCAGACCCGCUGCUGUGCAGCUAUGAGAAUACGGUUACAGCAGCAUGUCGCCAUGCUCUGAUAAUCCACGUCUUCGCCCAGUGGUGCGGCCACCAGCCGGACCCGUCUCUCCUGGUGAGCACUGCCCAGCACGACCUGCUAUCCACGCUCCGUCCCCUAACUCAACAACGUGGAGUAAGCACAAAGCUACUUCUAUGGCUCCUUUCCGUCGGUGGCACAUGUCCAUUUGGACCGGCACAACACAAGUGGUACAUAAGCCAGCUUGCAGACACAGCCACCGACUUGGAGGUCCACUCCUGGAAGGACAUGAAGGCUAGUCUCAAACAGGUUAUAUGGCAUGAGUACCAGGAUGACAAACUGCACAAACAGCUGUGGGAUGAAGUGGUUCAGCUCGGAGAUGGUGAGAUUCUUCACGUUUCGCAGAUGAUAUAUCCCGUCUCUACUGGUGGUUGA